CUAAAAUGAGUCUCUCUGGGGAGAGAGAGGAGGGGCGCACUGCCUCUAAAAUGAGUCUCUCUGGGGAGAGAGAGGAGGGGGGCCCUGCCUCUAAAAUGAGUCUCUCUGGGGAGAGAGAGGAGGGGGGCCCUGCCUCUAAAAUGACUCUCUCUGGGGAGAGAGAGGAGGGGGGCCCUGCCUCUAAAAUGAGUCUCUCUGAGGAGAGAGAGGAGAGGGGACCUGCCUCUAAAAUGAUUCUCGCUGGGGAGAGAGAGGAGGGGGGCCCUGCCUCUAAAAUGACUCUCUCUGGGGAGAGAGAGGAGAGGGGACCUGCCUCUAAAAUGAGUCUCUCUGGGGAGAGAGAGGAGGGGGGCCCUGCCUCUAAAAUUAGUCUCUCUGGGGAGAGAGAGGAGGGGGGCCCUGCCUCUAAAAUGAGUCUCUCUGGGGAGAGAGAGGAGAGGGGCCCUGCCUCUAAAAUGAGUCUCUCUGGGGAGAGAGAGGAGAGGGGACCUGCCUCUAAAAUGAUUCUCGCUGGGGAACGUGACACCAAAGUUGAGAGACCAAUCCAGCAGGAGAGACCAGCCUCCCCUGUUCCCAGCUGUGUGUCCAUGAAGAGUGACAAGUCUAUGAUGGAACCUAUAUUCUUUAGAGAGGGAGACUUUUCUACUGAACAAAGAAACCAACAGGAGAGAUCAGAGUCAGAGAUUCUCAGUGUUCAGUCUUCCCAGAGUCAUCAAACAGACCUGGCCUCCAUAUUCAGUUUGCUUGAAGAGAAAAUUAUGACAUUUGUGAAAAACGAGCUGAAGAUGUUCAAGAGGAUUCUUAGUCCAGAACUCCCAGAAGGCUUUGAGAGUCAGAAGCAGGAUAAGGAAGUGGUGGAUGCUGAAGAUGAGCAGCAGGAGAGCAGUCCAGAGGGGGCUCUGAAGAUCACACUGCACGUCCUGAGGAAAAUGAACCAGAAGGAGCUUGCUGACACACUGGAGAAAUAUGAACUUGCUGUGAUUUGCCAACGUGAACUCAAAUCUAAUCUAAAGAAGAAGUUUCAAUGUGUAUUUGAGGGGAUCGCUAAACAAGGAAACCCAACACUUCUCAAUAAGAUCUACACAGAGCUCUACAUCACAGAGGGUGGAACAGGAGAGGUCAAUAAUGAACAUGAGCUGAGACAGAUUGAGACAACAACCAGGAAACAAGCAAGACCAGAGACUCCAAUCAAAUGUAACGACAUCUUCAAACCCUUAACUGGACAAGACAAACUUAUCAGAACUGUGCACAAAGGAGUCGCUGGUAUUGGAAAAACAGUCUCUGUGCAGAAGUUCAUUCUGGAUUGGGCUGAAGGAAAAGCAAAUCAGGAUGUCCAAUUUGUAUUUUCAUUCCCUUUCCGGGAGCUGAAUUUGAUGAAAUUGGAAAACACUUUCAUUGAACUUCUCAAUCACUUCUCAAUGGAAACCAAAAAAUCAAUAAUCUCCAACUACAACAAGUACAAAGUUGUGUUCAUCUUUGAUGGUCUGGAUGAGUGCCGACUGCCCCUAGACUUCAAGAAGAACAAGAUCUGUUGUGACGUCACAGAGUCAACCUCAGUGGAUGUUCUGCUGACAAAUCUCAUCAAGGGAAAUCUGCUUCCCUCUGCUCUCCUCUGGAUAACUACCCGACCUGCAGCAGCCAAUAAGAUCCCUUCAGUGUGUGUUGACCAGGUGACAGAGGUACGAGGGUUCAAUGACCCACAGAAGGAGGAGUACUUCAGGAAGAGAUUCAGUGAUGAGGACUUGGCCAACAGAAUCAUCUCACACAUAAAGACAUCAAGGAGCCUCCACAUCAUGUGCCACAUUCCAGUCUUCUGUUGGAUUUCUGCAACAGUCCUUGAACACAUGCUGAAACAUAAGAGAGAAGAGAUGCCCAAGACUCUGACUGAGAUGUACACACACCUUGUGAUGUUUUAUACCAAACAGAAUAAUGAAAAGUAUCCUAGGAAAGAAGAGACAGGUCCACACUGGAAUAAAGAGAGCAUUCUGUCACUGGGAAAACUGGCUUUUCAACAGCUUGUGAAUGGCAAUCUGAUUUUCUAUGAAGAAGACCUGAAAGAGGCUGGCAUUGAUGUCAAUGAAGCUUCAGUGUACUCAGGAUUGUGCACACAGCUCUUUAAAGAGGAACGUGGGCUGUACCAGGACAAGGUGUACUGCUUUGUUCAUCUGAGCAUUCAGGAGUUUCUGGCUGCUGUAUAUGUGUUCCUCUCAUUCAUCAACAACAAUGACAAUGUAAUGGACAAACUGAGAACAACGUCCAGGAGCUUUUCUGUGAGGAUCAAACAAAGGCGUAAAGUUACUUUCUACAAGAGUGUUGUGGAUAAAGCCUUACAAAGUGAGACGGGAAACCUGGACCUUUUCCUCCGCUUCCUUCUGGGCCUCUCACUGGAGUCCAAUCAGAAGCACUUACGAGGUCUACUGACAAAGACAAGAAGCAGCUCACAGAGCCAUGAAGAAACAGUCAAGUACAUCAAGGAGAAGAUCAGGGAGAAUCCCUCUCCAGAAAGGUGCAUCAAUCUGUUCCACUGUCUGAAUGAACUGAAUGACCAUUCUCUAGUGGAGGAGAUCCAAAGCUACCUGAGAUCAGGAAGUCUCUCAAAACCCAACCUGUCACCUGCACAGUGGUCAGCUCUGGUCUUUGUGUUGCUGACUUCAGAAAAGGAGCUGGAUGUGUUUGACCUGAAGAAAUACUCCAGAUCAGAGGAUGGUCUUCUGCGGCUGCUGCCAGUGGUCAAAGCCUCCAGAGCUGCUCUGCUGUCAGGCUGUGGAGUCACAGAGGAAGGCUGUGCUUCUCUGGUCUCAGCUCUGGAGUCAAACCCCUCACACCUGAAAGAGCUGGAUCUGAGUUACAAUGACCUGAAGGAUUCAGGAGUGAAGCUGCUCUCUGCUGGACUGGGGAAUCCCCACUGUAAACUGGAGACUCUGAGGCUGUCAGGCUGUCUAGUCACAGAGGAAGGCUGUGCUUCUCUGGUCUCAGCUCUGAGGUCAAACCCCUCACACCUGAAAGAGCUGGACCUGAGCUACAAUCACCCAGGAGACUCAGGAGUCAGACUGCUCUCUGCUGGACUGGAGGAUCCACACUGCAGACUGGAGAAACUCAAUGUGGAACAUGGUGGAGAGAACAGAAUGAAACCUGGGCUUAGAAAAUAUGUCUGUGAUCUCACACUGGACCCAAACACAGUAAACAGACGCCUCUCUCUGUCUGAGGAGAACAGAAAGGUGACAUGUAGGAGAGAGAAGCAGCCGUAUCCUGAUCACCCAGAGAGAUUUGAGGACCGGGGUCAGGUGCUGUGUAGAGAGGGUCUGACUGGGCGCUGUUACUGGGAGGUCGAGUGGAGUGGGGGGGCUGUUAUUGGAGUGACAUAUAAAGGAAUCAACAGGAAAGGAAGGGGUGAGGAAUGUUGGCUUGGAUGCAAUGACAAGUCCUGGAGUCUGUUCUGCUCUGACAACAGUUACAUUGCCUGUCACAAUAAUAAUCCCACUACCAUAGACGUCCCCUCCUCCAGGUCCCACAGAGUAGGAGUGUAUCUGGACUGGCCAGCCGGCACUCUGUCCUUCUAUAGAGCCUCCUCUGACACACUGACCCACCUGAUCACAUUCACCUCCACAUUCACUGAGCCCCUCUAUCCAGGGUUUAGGCUUUGGUGUUUUGGCGACUCAGUGUCCCUCUGUCAGUGAUACACACACUGGACACACACACACACACACACACACACACACACACACACACACACACACACACACACACACACACACACACACACACACACACACAGGACUCACACAGGACUCACACACACACACACACACACACACACACACUGGACAAACAAACACACACACUGGACAAACACACACACACAAACCUGCUGGACACACACACACUCACACUGGACAAACACACACUCACACUGGACAAACACACACUCACACUAGACAAACACACACUCACACUAGACAAACACACACACCUGCUGGACACACACACACACACACUGGACAAACACACACUCACACUGGACAAACACACACUCACACUAGACAAACACACACUCACACUAGACAAACACACACUCACACUAGACAAACACACACUCACACUAGACAAACACACACACCUGCUGGACACACACACACACACACUGGACAAACACACACACACACUAGACAAACACACACUCACACUAGACAAACACACACACCUGCUGGACACACACACCUGCUGGACACACACACUGGAUGAGUUAAACUUAAACUUAAACUUCAUCUUUUAAUAAUAUGAGCUUCACCUCUUUGAUCCUCAGAUCAGUUCAGUGUAUAAAUAAUAUAAUAUAGAAGUAUAAAUGAAUACAAUAAAAUAGCAACUGAGAUAUUUUAUAUCAUAGAUCCCCUAGUCGACAUGACAAACCACAGGUUAAAAAGUGCAUUUUUACUUGAAAGAGGAGAAACCAGAUCAAUUCUCUCCCAUCUCAAUUACCCUGAUGAACUCACGGAGGAGAGGUACCCUUCUAGAUACAAGAACAGACAUACGAUGGUUCCACACUGGACACACACUGGACACACACUGGACACACACUGUAACGGUUUUGACUUGCGGUUAUUAUUUAUAGGGGUGCCAGGUAGGUUGUGCCUACCAGAGAAAACAUUGGUUUCUCCUUUUAGUUUGGGUGGGAAUGAGUCUCAUCUGGUCCGUCAAGUCUACACCAAUACAAAGGACUUAUGUAAAAUCAGGAUGGAAAUAAACUUUUCAUAAACCAUUAAAACAUUGGAAAGAACUUCAAAAACAACUAUACUCUUUUGCGUGGGUUGUAUUAGAACCAUCAAUGAUUACACGCACAUAUAAUAAUAUCACAAUGAGUUCUGGUUCCUCCAGAAAUGUCCUGUACCUCGGGCCUAAAAAGAGUCCAGCCCGGUAAAGGAGUUCAGGGAACUCCCGUGACCUUAGUCACGCAAUGUUUGUCCGUUCAUUCAAGUGUACCGUAAACCCAGUAUUAAUCAUACAAUCAAUAUAACAAUUAUUUUACCACAGAACUUUAAAGCGUAUCAACUCUUACUAAGUCCUCAACUACAUCUAACUACAUAAAUCAUCACCUCAUAUCAAAACAAAUGAAAUACAAAGAGGUUGUAGUCAGACAAUCCAAUCCUCCAGCGGAGAAAAAGAUCCGAUCCGGUGAACUCUAUUAGUCUACAAAA